AGCGGGGCGAGCGGCCAAUCGCCGUUACCCCACUAUGGCGGCGCCCAGGCGGUGGUGAGGCGGUGGCGGCGGCGAUGUCGGGCCGGGGCGUCUGGCUGCGGGUGCGGGCGCGGCUGCGGCGCUUCCCGGCGUUGCUGGCGGGCUGCGGGGAGCAGGCGGCUGCCUACGGCCGGUGCGUGGCCGCGGCUGCGGCCGGGACGGCGGAGUUGCGGCGGGACGCCUGCUUGGAGGAGUUCCGGGCGCUGCAGGAGUGCUUCGCCCGGGCGGCGAAGGCGACGCCGAGGUGACCGCGACCCCCCGCGCACCGGCCUGGAGACGCUUCGAGAAAAUAAAAACUCUCCAAUCAGA